CGCCUGCAGCGGCGUUUCGCCAGUGGGGAGCGGGGUGAGAGGGGACGCGGCGUCUGCGGCGGCGGCAGGGGCGGGAGGUCAGUGUCCGAGCCGCAGUGGGACGCGCGCAGGCUGCCGGAGGCCGCGGUGAGGGGCCGGACCUGAGUGGCUGUGUGGAGCCGGUCAUCAGCCUCGCCAGCCCCUCGGCUCUGUGGAGGAACAGCAGCGGUGUGCGGGAUAUUAGAAAUGGCUACUCCCCAAUCAGUUUUCAUCUUUGCAAUUUGCAUUUUAAUGAUAACAGAAUUAAUUUUGGCGUCAAAAAGUUACUAUGAUAUCUUGGGUGUGCCAAAAUCGGCAUCAGAACGCCAAAUCAAGAAAGCCUUUCACAAGCUGGCCAUGAAGUAUCAUCCUGACAAAAAUAAGAGCCCUGAUGCUGAAGCAAAAUUCAGAGAGAUUGCAGAAGCAUAUGAAACACUAUCAGAUGCUAAUAGGCGGAAAGAAUAUGACACACUUGGACACAGUGCUUUUACUAAUGGUAAAGGACAAAGAGGUAGUGGAAGUCCUUUUGAGCAGUCAUUUAACUUCAAUUUUGAUGACUUGUUUAAAGACUUUGGUUUUUUUGGUCAAAACCAAAACACUCGGUCUAAGAAGCAUUUCGAAAAUCACUUCCAGACACGCCAGGAUGGUUCCACUAGACAAAGGCAUCAUUUCCAGGAGUUUUCUUUUGGAGGUGGACUGUUCGAUGACAUGUUUGAAGAUAUGGAGAAAAUGUUUUCUUUUAGUGGUUUUGACACUAACAAUCGGCACACAGUACAGACUGAAAAUAGAUUCCAUGGAUCUAGCAAGCACUGCAGGACUGUCACUCAAAGAAGAGGAAAUAUGGUUACUACAUACACUGACUGUUCAGGACAGUAGCUCAUUCUUUUUCUGUUCUCACUAAACCCAGCUAGUUGACUCUUUAAUAUCUUUGAUGCAAAACAAUUUUCUGUGAACUUUUUUGACAAGUGCAUGAUUUCACUUGAUAUAGCUAUUGAAUAUACUUAAAUUGUUUUCAACAAAUUCAGCAAAAGUCAGUAGAGAAAUAGCUAGUUAUUAAUUUCCCUGAUUAGGAAAGGUUCUUUAAAAUAGAUAUUAUAAUUCUGACUGAUCUUUUAUUUCUGCUUGCCCUUGGGCUUAGUAACAAUGGCCAGUUUUAUUACCCAGAAAAGAUUGAGUUUGCCUGAUAAAUAUGUUAAGGUUAAGCUUUAAAAGUCAUUGUAGACUUAAGUUGUGUGAAUUUGAAUAAUUUUUGAAGUGAAACCUUUAUUAAAUUAAAAUUGCAUGCUCUGUA